AUAUUUAACUUUCGGUCCUUUUGCACCAUUACAAUGUCAAUUAGUAGGAGUUAGAUGCCUUAGCACGAAGGUACAAGGUUAUGUAGCACCGGAAUUUAUUAAUGUGAAAAAAGCGGUUAUAACCAAUUUUGAAAAUGGUGGUGAAGUUGGAUCAAGUGUUGCAGUUUACUAUAAUGGUAAACUAGUGGUUGAUUUACAAGCAUAUUUAGUAGAUCGAAAAUUUCUUGAUUACAAUGAAAAAAUAUCCACAUAUUGGCCAGAAUUUGCUCAAGGUAAUAAAGAAAAUGUUACACUUCUGGAUCUAGUAAAUCACUGGGCAGAGGUAAGCUAUCUUAACAUGCUGGUGAAAUCUGAUUUAGAAGAUCUUGAUAAAUUAGCAAAAGUUCUUGCUGCUCAACCACAUUCAUUUGGCGGAGUUUCCAAUCGUGCAUAUCAUGCAUUAACUUAUGGAUGGUAUUUAAAUGAGAUUGUUCGUAGAGUUGAUCUGAAACAUCGCACUAUUGGAAAAAUCGUUUCUGAAGAAAUUUUGACGCAAUACGAUUUAGAAUUUUAUUUAUCAUUGCCACCAAAUCUUAUAUCAAGGGUUGCAAAAUUUUAUGAGACACCUACUAUCAAAGCAGCUAUUGAUUCGCUUGGUGUAUUUAAGAGUUGGUGGGCUGGGAAGGUACCAGGUUCUUUUUUCUCAGAAGUUAAAGAUAAAAAAAGUGUGUUAUAUAAAACUAUUCAUUGUUCACAUCCUACUUUCUCAGCAUUCCCUGAUUUUUCAAAGCUAGAGGCUGUUACUAUAGAAUGGCCAAGUGCUAAUGGAGUUACAAAUGCCAAAUCAAUUGCUAAACUAGGUGCCAUAAUUGUAAAUAAUGGCCGACCUCUUAGUGAUGAUAGUAGUUCAUCAUCGUCUAGUGUUAGUUCCAAACCUCUUCUUUCAAAGUCUAUAAUUGAUCUCAUUUCUACAAAAUUGCCAGUAACUUUUGAUCAUGUUCUUUACACAAAUAUUACGCCCUCAUUUGGUGGAUUUGUUUAUAUUAGAAUUCCUGAUAUUGAAGAUAUAGAAUUUCUAGGAUGGGGAGGAUACGGUGGAAGUUUAUUUAUAUGGAACCGGGAAUUAGGAAUCUUAUUUGGUUACACUAUGAACGCCUUGUGGACUUCUAAAUUGGGUGAAGUUAGUGAUCAAAGAACAUGGAGUAUAUUAAGAGAAAUUGUGAAUGUUGUUAAAAAAUUAAAAGAAGAGCAAGCCUAA